CCAAAAUCCACACGUUGUCCCUCUUCAUCCAUCGUCUAUCUGUCAAGUCAGAGACAAGUAAGUUGUCAAUCAAUCACAAACAUCGAGUCAAGUCGAGUCAGCCAGAACAGCCAGGCACAACAAAAAGAGGACUCAGAAGGUCGUUCAAGAACAGUAGCUAUAGUGUUCAUUGCAUAUUGAAAGCCAAAGACUUGUUCACUUUUCAGAAAAUCCAAAAGCAAGAUCAUGAUUUGUCAUCGUCAUCGUCAUCAUCAAAGUCCUUCCACGGCUGUUUUGGCCAUUGUGUUUGGAUUUGUGGUUACACGUGAGGUGGAUGCCUUUAUGGGACAAUCCUCAACUUCUCUACUCAAUGUGGUGUCUGGGAGCAGUCCUCUUCCGUGGUGUCUUGUCACUACUAGUAGUAGCCAUUCCAGACGACAGUCCAUCACACGGACCACCACAACCAGUGACCAGGAAGACAAUGACAAUGACGAUGGCGUUUUGGAUGCCCACGAAUUUGAUCCAGUUCCUUCGUUCCUGAAUGGCAGCCAAACUGGCCAAAACAACACCGACAACAACACCAACAACACAUCAGCAUUCACGGACCAGACCAACAACAACCAGUCCGACCCAUUGAUUGCCAUGGCCAAUCUGACGGACAAAUUGGCAAUGUUUACACGACAAUUUGAAUACCAAUUGUCACUGGCACACGACGAUCGAGGAGCGUUGGAUAGACGGCUGGAAGAAUCACUGCAAGAUCGACAAAAGCUGCAAUCGCUGCUGACGCAACUACGGAAUGACAAGGAGGCCGUGCACAAACAAUUGGAAUACACCAAGUUACGGCAUCGACGAGAACGGAAUCACACGAGAUUGGCGCAUGAAGCGGCAUUGAAUCAGACCAAACAUCAGUACAUCACACAACUGCAACAAUGCCAGCUCGAAUUGAAUCAAACCAAACAUUUGUACUCUACAGAAUCCCAACAACACCAAAAAGAAGCCAAACGAUUGCAAAAACAAGCGUCGAGAGAUCGCAAACGCCUCGACAUGGAACAAGAACGUGUGUUGGCAUUGCAACAUACCGUGGACGAACAAGAGCACUAUAUACAUCGGACAUCGACGAGCACACGACAUUUGUUGUGGCAAUUGGGCAAAUUGUUAGUGAGGCGAUUCGAACGGCUCGUCGUUUACAUUUUUCCCUGGGUGGUGCGGUUGAUCCGAUCCAUCUAUCACUUGUUGUUCUUUUGGAAAGAUCAGGACGAACCAGAAGACGAAGUACUGUCGCAGGAACAACCGGUAUCCGAGGAAGCCUCGUGAGAAUCUUGGGAACAUGUCGCACAAUCGCAGCAACAGUAUGCUGCUGUUCUUGCGGCGUGUAACUUACUUCUUGCUACAGUAUGAUAGAUUCAAUUCCGUAGUGGUGGUAGUGUUGUGAAAAGAGUUACUGUAGUCGUUCAGCCAGCUAUCAUUUAUUUGAAAACAAAAUGCAUCCGUGUACAGUAAGAAAGAUCUACUAGCUAGUAUCGUGUCGCAAGCUAGGCCCGGGAGUUUGCUUGAUUGCCUCAAAGGAGCUGAAACAACCGUAC